GGCCCCCACUGCUCAGUACAUGCCACUGGACCACCAGGGAAUGCCAUAGCCCCCCUCCCUGGCCAGGUAACAAGCAGAGAGGGGGGAGAAAAAAAUAAAACAUGGGAAGGUAGGUAACAGGUUGCUGCGGGCCCCCAGGACGGCUGGGCUUGUAAUGGGCCCGGCGGUCCUAGGAGGUAGUAUCGGCAAUAUCGGUAUCUAUAUUGGGCGAUACCAAUUUUGCCGAAAAUACAGAAUAUCGGACGAUAAUAUCGGUAAAACCGAUAAUCGGUCGAUCCCUAUAUUACAUACAAUCAACUAUACGCACACAGUCCAAUACAUAAAUCCACACACACACCGCCUAAUACAUACAUUCAUACACUCAUACUGCCUAAUGCAUACAUCAAUAGACACAUACUGCCUAAUACAUAAAUCCAUACACUUGUUUUCAAUACAUUUGGUGGUAGUUAAUUUGCUAUAAUAUUGGGAUUUAAUUUGUUACUGUGAACAUUUCCUCGGUUUAAUAUGGAAUUCUAUUAAAAUAUAUUAUAAAUAUAAUUUAAUAUAUAAGUAUCUAAUUACAUGGUCACUCACACACUGACAUACAUACACAUUUUUAUUAACACACUUUCACUGAUAUUACAAUGUCACUUACACACUCUCAAAAGCAUACAGUGUUACUUACUUUCACUGACGUAGACAAUGUUAGUCUUACACACACACUGUCACUGACAUACAAACAAGUGGGAUAUUUGGUAAGUCAGGUGAUAAAUUUCCUGAGAUCGCUGUUUCUUCAGUCGAGAGCCAUGUUUGAUAAGAAGUCCUCUUACUACACAUUUAUGUGCUUCCCAUAUAGUUGAUUGCGUCGAAUCAGAGGGUGUGUUAGUGUGGAAAAAGUGUUCCAUAGCGGAUCUGAUAUCCGCCUGUAUCAAUGGGUCAUCCAGGAGGAAUUCAUUCAGUCUCCAUGUCCACUGUGUCCUAUACGGUUGAGGACUAGCCAUGGAGAGGAGCACGGGUGCAUGAUCUGACCAGGACAUUGGUGCUAUAUGAGUUGAUAUCAGUGAGUCCAGGUCUGUAUGUUGCACGAAGAAGUAAUCGAUCCUAGAGUAGGAUCCAUGCGGUGUGGAGAAAAAGGUGUAAUCCCUAUCAGCGUGAUGUAGGGUGCGCCAGCAGUCUGAGAGCUGAUGCUCGGAGAGGAGGGUCCUCAUGCCUCAGAGCACAUGGUCCGGUACUGUGGAGGUCCAUUUGGACGUGUCUAGCCUGGGGUCUAGAGGACAUUAAAGUCCCCCCCCCCCACGAUGAGGGUCCCCUCUCCGAACGAUUCCAGCUUGUGAAAAACGGAGGCUAGGUUUCUGUCCCUUGUUAGGCAGGUAGAUGUUUGCGAGUGUAAUUAGGGAAUCACCUAUGUGCCCUUUCAAAAAGAGAUAUCUGCCGCCUGUGUCCUCUUUUUCCGCUUCUAGGCGGAAUUGCAUGCUGGCUGAGAACAAUAUCGCCACUCCCUUUGAUUUAGACGAGGGGUUGUGUGCGAAAUAGCCGGUGGGGUAGUAUUUGUCUGAGAACCUGGGUGCUCGGCCACCGGGGAAGUGGGUCUCCUGGAAAAAGGCGAUCGGCACCCGCAGUGCUCGGUGUUCUCAAGCACUCAACUCCCCCUAUUGUUGGGGAGUUGAGCCCCUUUGCGUUGAUCGUGUAGAGUGUGAUACCUCCCCGCGGCCCCCUCUUGGCACCCGAGAGAGGGGAGGCGGGAGAGGACGAGCCAAUGGUGGAGAGGGGUGGGGAAGAGGGCCGCGGGGCCAGGCCUAGUUGGUGGAGAUAUAGUUGGCGUCCGAGAGUUUGUAAGGAGGGUCGGGUGAGGGAGGCGAGGAAGGGAGGGUGGUAGGGAAAGCAGUAGAGGGAGCAGGAGUGUAGUUGGGGAAGAAGGGGUGUCUGUGUGGUGCAGAAAGAGAGGGAGGAGGUAUGUCGCGAUAGCGACUCUUUGUAGGGGUAAUGUGCCGCUGGUAGGUGAUCGUGCAGGCAGACUAUCCUGCUCGUCCAAUUCCCAGACUAAUGGCAGUAAGCCCGUGGAGCAGUGGGUGGUGUGGGUCUGACAGGUCAUUGGUCAAAGCGAAUAGAGUAGGGAGGAACCGUGUAAGUCAGUUUCCACCCCCGUCGCUGCCAUCGAGCAAGAGGAUAUAGCUCCCAUCUUGGGAUGGGAACGCAGAUUGUUGUAUAUCGCACUUGUGGAAGCAUCUGUACAAAUUGGGGUGUAGGGUGGGGUAUCUUUUUGCCACAUUUGGAGCCAUGAGGCUAAUAUAGUUUGCUUUCAAAACAAAGCCAUUAACAUUGUGAUUUAACAUUGAGUAUAGCUCCGCAUGCGGUUACGAUUUUUAGCAAAUGUUAGGUUAAGAGCUGAUAAGGACACAGGAGGGAGAAGAGGAAGGGAAAAAGAGAGAGGGGAAAAAAAAAAUAAAAAAAAAUAAAUAGUAAUCAGAGAGAGGGUAAAGUAUUGGGGUGUAAGGUGGAGGAGCAAUUUGCCAUAUAUGGAGCCAUGAGAUUAACAGUUUUGCAUUAAGAACCAUGCCAAUACCAUUGUGAUUUAACAUUGAAUACAGCCCUUCAUGUGGUUACAAACCUGGACGAAUGUCUUGUGUUAGGUUAAGAGAUGGUGUGUUCACGGGAGGGGGAAUGGGUGAAAGAGAGGAGAAAAAAGGGGGGGAUUUUUUUGGGAAGACGACGACUGUAGGGUGGUGGAGCAAUUUACCACAUUCGGAGCUAUGGUUUUACCAGUUUUUGCUUUAAGAACCAAGUUAGUACCAUUGUGAGUUAAUUUUAACUACAGCCUAUCAUGCAAUUACAAACAUUUAUGCCUAUCUUGCAUUGGGUUAAGAGGCGAUGUGGCCACAGGGAGGGGGAGAGGGUGAGAAGAGAAAUAAAAAAAUUAAAAUAAAAUAAAUCAAGUUUCCAUGGCCAGUAAAACAUCAGGGCUAAAUCAGUGUGUCAUUCCGGGCAAUACGUGGGGGGUACCCAUUUUAUUCCUCUGGGUCAGCUUGAGCCAGAGGGGUGAACAAUGCAUCAGGAUCAUUCCCCGGUCGGGAAGGUCUAUGUGUUGGUCUCCCCGCAUACCGUUCGUUGAUAGGGCAGUUGGUCCAGUCCUGGAUGUGGGUGAGCGGGAGGUCCAGGGCAUCUUGGAAGGCUGGCACAUCUAGCGGUGUCCUUAUUGUAGCUUCAGUGUUCCCACGCCUGGCUGUUAGAGCGAAAGGGAAUUGCCAUCUAUACCGAAUUUGCAGGUCUUGCAAGGUAGUAGUGAGUGGCCUCAGGACUCGUCGAGCUUGUAAAGUGAGAUGAGAGAGAUCAUUAUAGAGUUCAAUGACUUGCCCCUUGAACCGCCAGGUCCCACCCGUGCGUGCUUUUCGCAUUAUUUCUUCUUUGAGCUGGAAGUCUUGUAUACAGCAUAUUACAUCUCUAGGUGGUGCGUUCGGAGGCGGUCUGUGCCUGAGGGCCCGGUGGGCUCUGUCUAUGCGUAUGUGGGCUUCCUGGGGGCGGCCCAGUAUGUGGUUAAACAUCGGUACUAACAGACCUCUGACAUCUUCUGCGUUGUCCACAUUUUCUGCCUCCCUCAAGCCUCUCACCCUGAUGUUGUGCCUGCGGCUCCGAUUAUCAAGAUCCUCCACGUGGAGUCGCAGGUCCUGCAGCUGCUUGGCAUGGUGGCGGUAGUUUAUAAUGCUGGGCAUGGCAGGAUAGGACCCUGCUGACUUGGACCCCUGCUUUCCAGGGCCGUCACUCUUGCCUCCAGUGCUAUGAGUGAAGUGGUGAGAGAGCACAUUUCUGUGUGAAGUGCAGAUUUCACCUCCUCCAAGAGAGAGUGGAUGUCCUCCUUUUUAGGUAGGGAGACAAACAGGGCAUACCAGUCUGGAGUGGAUGCUGUAGGCAUGCUGAUGUCUGUGUGGGAGCCAUCUUCCGACAACGUGCUCGGCGAGGACGGCACCAUGUUUGAUGUCUCCCCUUGCGUGCGUAAGACUAUGGGGGUUGGCAUAUAGCUCCGUAUUGAGGGGUGAGGGGUGUCCCACUGUGUUCUCGGCGUGGAGCUGGUCAUUUGUACCUUUUUUGCACGGGCCGUGGGCGCCAUAGUGAGCUGAUGUCGGGCUUAUUAUUGCAGCCAGGAGCAGAGCUGGGAUAUUAGGCGGCCAUGUCCGUCCAACGCCAAACCACGCCCCUAGUUAUUAUUUUUAACUAAAUGACAGAGAAUUAAGCAGUGAGACAGCAGGGCAUGUUCUAUACACCAAACUGCUUAAUUAAGCCUAUAGUGUAUUUUAAUAAGGAUUAUAAAUAAAGUCAAUAAAGUAUGUUUUGGCAUGUGGGAGCACCGACUCAUUUUAUUCUUUAAGACUUUGAGAGUGAAACAUAAUUAUUCCACAUACCCCACUGCCCUCUCUCCAUCUUAGAGUCUCCAUAAUUGAGGGACAAUUGCAUUACAAUCAUCUCUCUGCAUAUGUAAUUUAUGCAUAAGGCAACAGUUUCUUCACAGCCACAAAGGAAGUCAGAGAGGAGUUUUUGCUUUCAGUUAGAACACUUCCUAGAAGAGCAGUGAAUUAAUAAAUCAACAUUUAUAACAACUAAACAACAAUGAAACACGUUAACAAAUGAAGGGUCAUAUAUGCACAUAUGUAUAUAUAAAUAGGCAAUUCUAUGCUAUGUACCUUGUGGAGAGAGGUGCCUUGUACCUUGCUUCCUGAUGCCCUGGUCAUAAUCCGUGUACAGAGAGGUCAGAAGCUCACUCUGACUCUCAUGACUUAUAAGAACCUUGCCAGUGUGGACCUAGGAGGAGGAUGAGUAACAGGAUGUGUAGGGGCAUUCAAAGUGAGAUGGGGGUAAGUUUAAAACUGAUAUAGAUGGAAGCCAUCGCAGCCUGCAUCUAUUCCUGAAUAAAUAUAUAGUGAGCUGCAUUGUCUAGUGUGUGCGUGCGCGCGUGAUUCUGACUGAGUGUGCCUGAGCAUUCUUGUGUCUGAAUGUGUGUCUCUGUUUCAGUGUCCAUGUUUAUGUCUGUGUCUGGGAGCGUAUGUGUGUGGAGUAGUUACUUACACUGUUUGUUUGUGGUUUUUUUUUUUGUUAGUUUUUUUUUGUGUUAAUUCUUUAUUUUUGCAUUGACAGACAUUUAAGGUGAUAUCAGUGUCGGCUUAUGCAGAAGCCCAUUCUUCAAUUUCGCAUUAAUCAUGUUACAGAAAGGAAAGCUGGGUUAUUAGUGUACAUAAUAUAUAUUUUUGAGAUAUUCCAUGUGGGUUGUGUAGAGGCCGCCAUCGCUUAGUUUUCGUUUCGCCUGUCAAGGUUUUUUUGGGGGGGGGUUUUUUUUCGUUUUAUGCAUAACAUGUACAGGAAAAUAUGUAUAAAAGAAAAAAGAACAAGAUAAAAUAGAAUGAAAUUAUAGUUAAAACUUAGAACUGCAUGAGUGAGUAGUCGUCUGUGAGUGGAUGCUCAUUUGUCUUAUGGUUUUUCAUCAUAUUGUUCCCAAAGGGCCCAUACCUUUUGGAAUGUGGUGUUGGUGUUGCGGACGUUUGCUGUCAUCUUGUCCAUUAAGUAAUUAUCUCUGAUUUUGGAAAUUACUAGAGAUAGUGGGGGUGUCUCAGGGUUUAUCCAGUAUUGUGCCAAUGCUUUUUGAGCUGCUAGAUUAAGCAUGUUCAGAAGUUUUUGGUCGUGUUUGUCUAGUCCAUCUGUCGGUCGUGAUAGAAGGCAUGCCCAAAGGUCCAGUGUUAUUCGUCGAUGUAAGAUUUUGGUAUUCAUGUCUACUAUUUUUCCCCAAAACUCUUUUACUUUGGUGCAUUGCCACCACAUGUGGAUGUAGGUGCCUUUUUCCCCACAUAGUCGCCAACAGGUGUCUGUGGGGCAGAGUUGCAUGUGGUAUUGCUUCACUGGGCUUGUAUACCACCGGAGCUUUGUUUUAUAUGUUUGUUCCUGGAGGGUUGUGCAUGUAGACACUUUUGUGUUCGCCUCCCAUAUAUCUUGCCACUCUGUCCCCUCUAACGUUUCACCCAGAUCUGCUUCCUAUUUGUCUGUGUAUGUCUGUGUUCCCCAUGUUCCUGAUUCUAAGCAUAUGCGGUUGUAUAACAGUGAAAUUAAUUUCACUGGCAUUUUUUCUUUUAGACAGAUUUGCUCAAAGAAAGUAAGAGGUUUGGCAUUUGCCGUUUUGACCUCUUUGGUUUGUGCAAAAUCUCGCGAUUUGUAUGUAUCGGAAGAAAUUGCGGGUUUGUAAUGGGGCCAGGGUUUGUAAGUGUUGGUAUGGUAGUAGUUGGUUGUCGAUAUAUAGGUGAAUAUAGCGUUGUAGGCCUGUGGCUUCUAUGCCUUUAAAGUCUCUUGCCCUUAGUCCAGGUGGGAAUGCUCUGUUACGUAGUACUGGGGUCAUUGGGGACGGGAGGUUUGUGAGUUUAAAUUUGUUUUUUUUUGUUUUUUAAUGGGAGUUGCUAGUGGUUUUUGUGUGUUGUGUUUAUGAUCAGACUAUGUUUCAUGUGUGUGAGGAAGUGACAGCUUUUUGGGGGUGAGCCAGCACCCUGAGAGAGUACGGCUGAACCAUGGAAUACCAGAGAGUCCUAUAUAAAGGGCAGCGCGGGGAGAUCUUUUGAUCUCUGAUUGAGGGAGGCUCAAUCAGGCUCUCACGUGGAGUCCCCAUUCUUUAAGUGACUCCAAGGGCAUGUGCCAUACCCUAGGUACACCACUGGUUAACAUAUAUUCUUGCCUCCAUUUACUGCCAGAUUUUGUUUAAUUCCGAGUUCUAAGAAAUCUUCCUUUUGAGGUAUUUAAUCAUCCACACAUACUGAAUGAAAUAAAAUGUUUUUUAAGCCCUUGGUUAAAGAUUAAAGUCUAAAUUCUAUGUAAAUAGUAGAGAAAAUGUCCAGGCAAAGUAAUGAAGAUUAAAAAGUAACUUUUGAAAAUGUUUACAAUUUGGCUAUUUUAAUGUAAAUAAUGUUUUGUACUCUACAAUUCAGAGUUUAGCAGAGGAAAAGUAAUGCGCACAAUACAAAUACUAUACAUGCUAUAACUCCGGGAUUUAAUCUAAAUAAAACCUAAACUCGGGUGUUUGUACAACUCCGUAGUACAAAUUAAAAGAAUAUUUAAGAUGCCUUGAAUUGUAUAUUAGGUGUGACGACUACCAGAAUUAUGUUUAGAGCACUUACCUCUUUCAUCUCUCCUGGUACUGCGCAAACCUCACUUGCAGUCAGGCUGUGCCGAGAGAAGAUUAGCAGAUAUGAAAAAUCCAAAUGUAAGGAAGAUUUUCAUAAGAUGUAUCUUUUUUUAUAAAAAGUAGUCUGCAAAUGACCAGUAAAUAAGUUAUUCAUUCCCAGUAAAUUGUAUUGACGCGCAUACUUGGGAGAAAUGCCACUUGGGUGCUUGUGCACUCAGGAAUUCCAUCAGAAGCACUUUAUGCAUACAUUGCAAUGUAGGGGUUAAAUUACUUUGGAUGGUAUAUACAGCUAGGCAUAAAAUGUAAAGUACAGAUUUUGAUUCAUUUUUUGUUUAAUACAUAAACCCAUAGCUAACUUUUCUUAGCUAAAGAGUUGUGCUAAAACCUCGGAUAUGACAGUGCCACUUACCAUCUACGACUUAAUAUUUUCUUUAUUUUACCAAGUAGAAUAGGAGAUUAUUCACGGUUUUCAUUCAUCUUAGGAUGCCUAAACAAUACAUCAGUUUAAGAAUGGUACACAUUAAACAAAUGCCAAACAUUUUUAGCCUUUAGCAGUUGUUAAAGGUUUGCUGUACAUGGAGAUGGAAUCAGCUGAUUUAGUUGCGGGUUUGUGAACCAACUUCCUUGUAGUAUGCAUUGGAGAGUAUGGAGUGCUGGAAAUAGACCUUAACUUGUAGGGACUGUGAAAUGCACAGGUAAGCAUUUUAUUAGAUAUGUAGCUUAUCGAAGAAGUGAAUAUGAAACAAGCUAUAUUUGGAAUAGACUAUUGGACUGUUUAGAUCUUUUAACAUGUCACAUGAUGGCUAUAGUAAUCAGAAUGCAGAAAGAAAAGACCCAAUUUAUUUUACAGAGUGUUGCUUUUAAUCAGUAACCAUAACUGUCCUAUGCUUUUUAUGACUUGUUUCUGAACCAUUUUUACAGUUUAUAAAUUAGAUGAUGGUUCAAUAGUCUAAAUGAAGUCCAAAUGAGAGGGCCAUAUCUAGCCACAUAAGAUGUUUAUAAGAACUGGUGCCAAUUGUUUGAUGUUUACAUGAGGAUUCUUUUGUAAUAUUAAGUUGUGAUUUGUUCCAGAUACAAGUGAGGCUUUCAGAUUCAUCAAGCAGAUGCUCCCCAUGAGUGAGCUUCAGUCCAUUGACGUAAUUCUUAAUUGAAAUUUUAAGUGAAAUUUCACUAAACCAUAAAGUUGAGCUGAUGUAAAAUAGAGAUAUAUCAAUCUAGCAUCCAAUUUUAUGUUUUGAACACAAGUUGGUUAAGUAGAAGUUUGUUACAUUUGUUUGCUUUUUGGACCAAUUACAGUAAAACAGAAGGUGUUGGAUGAGACAAAGAGUCAUGUAACUUUCAUGUAGAUACCCCGUGGCCAGUAAUUGGAUUGAAUAUUUGGAUAAUUACAUUUUUACGCGGUCUUCUGUUCUAAUCAUGAGCACAAUGUUUAGAAAUAGCUUUUUGUAGGUUAAGAAAGAACACUUAUGUUGCAUAUGAGAGAGUCUUAUUGCAAAGGUUUUGGUACAGAGCGUUGUCAGACUUGUCUAACUUGUCUCUUGUUUACCGGAACACAGCCUGCAGGUUUGUGGACUUCCUUACGGUCAUUCUUCCUCCUCUAGCGUUCCAAACACCUGGACACUGUGACUUGGCCCUCUUUUAUGAUGCGGUAUGUGCGCGCUGAUGACAUGAUGUCAAGCACUAUGAAAAUCCGCAUUUUAAAACUUUUGGGGGUGUGACUACCUAGAUAAUUAUAAAUAGUUUGCUGGGUUUCAGGUCUGUGCCUUGUUGUACUUCUGUUUUGUUUCCCAAUAGUGCUUUGUAAUGUAAACUAUGCAGUAGUGUGUUCUAUAUCUCUUUUUGUCUAUCUGGUUUAGAUUUUGGUUACUAUUGACUAUUCUAUCUAUACGCCUUGUCUCAGCAAUUCCUCCCUUUCCUGAUUUCUGGUAUCUUUGACUCUAGCAUGAGCCUGACCAUUCUGUUAUGUUAAGUCCGGCAACUCUAAGGUCCGGUUUACAUAUAUACCUAUAUCAUUAUUUACACACUGCGUGUUGGGUCUCACUAAAUUACUGACUAGAGUACCAUGUACUCACUCUCCUUGUGCUUAGAGUGGCAUACAACUGCAUGAAAUCGCAAAAUCACUGCAGCUAUAAACCAUUGCUUAUUGGUUCUGUGAUGUCAAAUGAGGAAUUUUUGCUUCCAUCAAAUAGUAUCUGUCCAUUUUGUAUGUCCUGCCUCCCUCUCCCCCCUCUCCCCCUUAACAUAACAAUAUAUGGUGGGUGCAUCAGUUAGGGUACUUUCAGACAUACCUAAGUUUAAGUUGUGGCAUCCGUUUUCUAAAUCAUGACAUGGGCGUAUCUUUAUUUGAACUGAAAUCUUAUUACCUAUGCAAUAUAAAACUCCAGGAAGGCUCUCAGGCAAUCAAUGUUGGAUUAGCUUUCCACAAUAUGUGUCAAGGUAAUGGGAUGAGGGUUUUUAAAUCCAUCACAGUUCUGCAGAAUACAUUUUGGGGUGUAUCUGUGCUGCUUAAAUACAUGUGAAACCUAGAAAUAAAGGGUUGUCAGGCAAAGGUGUCUGAGAUUUUAGAUCAGGUUUAAAGAUACUUUUUGGUUUAUUUUUUUUUUGUUUUUUUAAGAAUGUCUGAGCUUCUUUUUUUUUUAUUUUUUAUUUUUCAAAUAAAAAAAGAAUUGACCUUCCUGAAUGUGGUUUGUUUCUAAGAAAUAGGCAAUUUUUCAAUGUUUAAAGGGUGAGGCAGUUUGCAUAAUGUGCUCAUUUUUCAGUUACAAAAAUUCUAGUUACCUUUCUAUAAAGUAAGAAAUUACCACUUUUGUGCACACAAGCACAAAAUACUGCAAUGCUCCACUGGCAUAGAAUGCCACUUACAACGCGCCUUCCAGCUGGUGUACACUUUCUCAGUAAGUAAGUCUGCACCCUCCUCGAUUGUAAUUGAUUCCUACAUCAAUAUGUGCUUAUCAUUUAAAGCACUGUUCAUCUGGGUUCUAAAUUAGAUUGUGAUACUGUAGGUUUAAUAAAGUAGCAGACUGUUUUUAUGUUAGAAUACAUUUGUUGGUUGUUUUGGUAAGCAUUUAGAGUGCUCUAUAUUUUUGUUACACACACACCUAUUUGUAUUUGUGAAUGUGUGUGUGUGUAUAUGUGUAUGUGUAUGAAAACAGGAGGCUGCACUCACCUGAACAUGCAUAAAUGGGUUGCUGCAGGCGCCAGAUCGUGUGUGUGUGUGUGUGUGUGUAAAUAUAUCUUUUUGUAGACUAACAUUUAAUUAUGGCAGUGAGCAGGUUAAAUCACUGUUCCCCCAGACUUUCUGACCCCAAUAUCUUUGGGGUCUCUCUCCGCCUCCUCUUUUGUUAAACAAAAAACAGUAAUUACUAUAAUUUAUAUUCUUUAGGCCUUUAUUACAGAUGUCGGCUCCUGGGAUACUUAGGAUGAAAGAUAAACUAUAUUUACAUUUCCUCUGUGUAUCUAAAAACAUCUAAUCAUGGUGGGAGGCUAAUCUAACAUUUUGCAACCGGUAAGGAUAGGGUCCCAGGUAAAAGUCACUGGAGAGGGGGGUGGGGAGACUCACUGACAAUAGCUAUAUUAUAAUGUGAUGUCCAAUCUAGUCUACCAGCUGUUAAUGUACUACUCUAAAAUCUCUGCAAACUGUUUGCUGGCAGACAGUCUUGAUGUAGUCCAACAAUUAAGAAGUCAAGGUUGCUUGCUCUAAAAUAAUUGGUACUUACUAUUGCGGUCUCUGCCAUAUAUUAGCUGUAUAUGACUGUAUCUUACUGUGUUCUUAUUAUUCCUUCACAGAUAACCCUUGCCUGGCACUUCCUUUUCUGCAAUGCUGACUGCUGUAUGUAGUUCUCUGGGUAACCAACCGUCAGAGGCUCCUGGCUCUCCUUCCACAUCUGAACUAUCCUUGAAGCCAUACCCCCUUUCUCCAGACUCUGAUCCGGGAGUCUCCCUUCAACAGGACGAUAUUGGGGAGUCCUCUUAUCCUCCUGCUGAACGUUAUACAUCUUUGUCCUCUGUGAAAGUCCCCUGCCAGACAUUUUCAGGUCGAGAAGCUGUAGACAGCAAUUCAUUAUCAAAAUUCCUGCAUCCAGCCCUCGAGAUGUCUCAUCCAUAUGAAACAUGGAUCAGGCCUCCAGUUCCAGGUGGCUCAGUUGAAGAGAGUGGAGUUCCUCCAUGGUGGGAUCUUCAUGCUGGUCCCAACUGGGUAGAUAUGCAACCUGGUGCUGGUGGCUUCUCCAGCCCUCCACCACACCAGACACCUCUAGGAGGAUAUGGCACAGAGCUCUGUGUCCCCUCUACACAUAUGCUUCCUCCUGCCUCUCAUCUCAUGGGAGGUUUGGACCCUACUAUGGAAUCUCACUCUUCUGACCAAGGGUCAGAAGGGCCCUCACGUCCUAAAGGAAGCCGGCGUGCAAUGCCACGUAGUUCAGCCCAAACUGCCUGCCGCUGUCCUAAUUGCCAAGAAGCAGAACAUGGUAGUACCAGUGGUGAGGGAACCAAACGCAAAAAUCUGCACAACUGCCAUAUACCAGGAUGUGGAAAGGCAUAUGCCAAGACCUCCCAUCUGAAGGCCCACCUACGUUGGCACAGUGGAGAUCGACCUUUUGUCUGCAACUGGUUGUUCUGUGGAAAAAGAUUUACUCGAAGUGAUGAGCUCCAGAGACACCUACAAACCCACACAGGGGCAAAAAAGUACCCUUGCCCUUCCUGCAGCCGUGUUUUUAUGCGCAAUGAUCACCUCACCAAGCAUUUGAAGACCCAUGAAAGUGAGAACCGGGGUGCAAAUGAUGCCUCUGGCAAGACCAAGAGUGAUUCAGAGGAGGGCAGUAGAAGUCAAACAAACUGAUAGUGCCCUUGGGAGAAAAACAAAACCAACGAAAUAGAAGUUUAGUUUAGGGACCACUAGCAUGCAUGAGCUCCACUCUCACCUCCUAAAUGGGAACACAAAAGAGGGAUUCUGUAAUGCCUUAAUUUAUUUUGUAGAUAGCAUAGAUAACUAGCUCUAACAGUCCCAUCUACCUCCUAUGGUAAAUGAGUAGACGGAAGCGUAAUUAAACAAUUACAUGGACUUGACAUAGACACCUAGACUGAGUACAGCAAAGCAAGCACUCCAUGUGGUAAUGUCUAAGGGGUGACAGUGUAUGGUCCCAUGGUCAGAGAGAAAAUGCUAUAUAAAAAAAAAAAUGUGUAAGGAGAAAAUGCUGUGCUAGGAAAGAGAGAGAGCAACUCAUAGAGCUGGGUUGGUUGAGGAGCAAUACUUGCUUAGAUCUGGAAGUAAUGUUACCCAAGAAAGGAAUGGCAUGAAAGAACAUUGGCAGAAUCAGUGAGCAGUGAGCAGUGCAAAUUAUUAAAGCAGUAGAAUGGACAUUGAUACGGUAUAUAGUGCUCUAAAUCCAGGAUUUAAUUUUGUAAGAAGGAAAAUACUAAUUGGGGAAAUGCAGCUUUAAGGGAGCGCAGGGGGGCUUUUAAAGAUAUGUUAAUGGCUUAGCAUUUGUCAUGCUCUUGUGCAUUACCAGUCCCUCGAGAAGAGAACAGAUUGUGAUAUUUCAGGACACAUAAAGUUCAUAUUAUGGAGUUGAAUGAACUGCCACUAGUGUUUGUGUUUCUAUGGUGUGUUGUGGGACUUUUAUUUUCCUGAGCGUGCUUCUGGAUUUUGUUUGCAUGAUUUUCACUAGAGGGCGAUUCAUUGUUAACCCCUUUACCUUAUGAUCUUCGUUAUUAAUCAGUGGGUGGGGGGCAGCCCAUCCCUUGCACUGCAUUGAGUCUUACAAUGUUAUGGGGGAAAGUUCCUAUAAAACUGGGUGUGGACGAACUUGGGCAGAGAAAGGUUCCACACCCAAAAAGGCACGGGCUGCACCCAGGGGACAUGUUGGGUGCUGUCUUAACCUCUUAAAUUCUCCCAGACCCAAUGCUGAAUAGCAAGUCCUAAAUCCCACUAUGUGUGUGUGUGUGUGUGUAUAUGUGUAAUAUAUAUCUUUGUUGCCAUUCAGACAUGCAAACGCACAGUUUUUCCCUAUUAAAUAGUAAAGGCAUUAUACACACAUGUACCAGCGUAUUGUUAUACUUGUUAGUAAUUGUAUCACCCAUUUUUGUUCCAAAGACCAGUCUUUUAGGGGGCUAAUAUUUUGCAUUAUAGUGGUACCUCGGUGAGUUUUAUGUAAUUUAUUAGUAACAGUCCAGAGGAGGAUAUGGACUGGAAUAUGGCCAGUAAUUAAUCACAUGUAGUGUAUUAUGAUUAUUUGAUUUGUUUAAAAAAAAAUAAAAAUGUUUUAUCUUCAUGUGUGAUAGUUUUACCCUUGAACUUUUGAAUGAUAGAGGGGUGAGCAGUGUGACCCUUUGCUGAUCCCUCUAGCAUUUAAUUAC